AGACGAGUCUUCCUCACUCGUCUGUAGCGACUCGGCAAUGGAGGAUGUGUGAAUUUAACGGCCAACGCUAGCUUUUUGUUUCAUAGGGGCUAGCCGCCAUUCUCUACUUGCGCCUAAUUUUUUUUUUUGGAACAAGUAAAACAAACGCGUAACUAAAACUAAAACCACAAUAUCAAGAUGAACAUCAUUAAGACAAACCGGGCCGCGUACAACCUAACAAACGGAAACAUGAGCUUUUUGCUAACUCAAAAUGGAGUCGACGGACAUAUGCACUACGGCCCAGGAGAUUCAUCGCCUCAAAUUGCAAUGGGCUCUUCGCUAGCCUCUCACAACGGCAGUGUGGGCUCCGGCGAAGCCCCGAAGCGGCCAAAGAACCUGGCGGUGAGCGCAAAUAAUGUGUAUUUAACAAAAGCCAUUCGCGGGGGCAGCGACGACAUCGAGGACGGAUCUUUGCCGUGCACACCGGAGCUCCACUCGGACAGCGACAUCGACGUGUCCGGUUGCCCGACGGGGGACGAGGUGUUGGACAGCGAGACCACGACACUCAUUGAAUGUUUCCUGAGAGACUUUACUGGACUUUCUAAAUCUCGGUGGAGUGAAAGUAAAGCACUAGCGACCAUGAAAAGAGUUGUGGAUGGCGUUUUGGAGAAACACAGAUACGCGUACAAUGGUAUGAUCAGGAAACUGUCAUUAGACGACAGAGAGGACGAUGCCAGCUUUGUGGGGGCCGUAGCCAAGAGCCUCUUUGCGGACGGGACCACCAACUGGGGUCGUGUCGCCAGCCUGGUGGCCUUCGGAGCGGUGGUGUCUCAGUACCUGACGGAGAAGGGCAGGGGGAACUGCGUGGAGCUGGUGGGACAGGAGAUCUCCUCGUACCUGCUCACCCACCAGCGGGACUGGCUGGUCAAAAACAACUCCUGGGACGGCUUUGUGGAGUUCUUUCGAGUAGCAGACCCGGAGUCCACGGUGAGGAACACACUCAUGGCCUUUGCUGGAUUUGCCGGCAUCGGGGCGACACUGGCCCUGUUGAUCAGGUGAAUUUACUGGACACUCGAGAGACUUUGUCACGAGCAACAAGUUUUUACCUUUUACUUCGCAAUGAAGGACACGGCUGACGAGAGGACGGCGGUGUGUGUGUGUGUGUCCUUUUAACCCCUGCUAUCCAGAAACCCCCACGCGCACGACUACAAAAUAAGUUGAUCUGAAAGGACGUUACCAGCAUAAGUCACCUUUCAAACAAUUAGGUUUUUAUUUAAUUUACAAAGAAAUUUAUUUUUCUAAUAAAUGUAAAAAUGUAUGUAUCUAUGCAAAAAGUGGGAAUCAGUUGAGCUGAUUUUGCUUGAUUAUGGUUCUGUGUUAUUAUUAUAUCAGAAUUCCCUGGCUGUAUUGGCUCCACCCCCCCAAAACAGGAAGGGAAAGCUGCAUUUUUCCAUGACAUGAAGCCCAUUUCCAUAUAUCCCAUUCAUAACUCCUGGAUCUUAUGUAUGGACACCUCAGCCAUGAUAGAGGAGAUAGGGAGGUGGAUUUGCAUCAGUGUAUCUGUUUCCUUGCUAUGAAAAUGUGGGAUGUGCACUAGGAUACAUGAGCAACCACAUGCAGGACUUUUGACUGGACAGCCCUGUGGAGACGCUUUGAGUUUGUUUUGGAUGAACCUCUGGACUGAGUAUGAAAGAAGCAGAUUGUGAUUGAGCGCACCAAAGCUGAGAGUAGUCAGACCUCAGAUAGUGACAAUGAUUUAAAAAAAAAAAGGUUCCUAUCCAGCUUGUAAGCUUGAAAAAAUAAAAAAAAAAUCUGUAAUUCACAUGGUUUGACCUUUUUGAUAUGGUUCAGGGAAUCUUUGCUAAAGACAGAGGUUACACGUACACUCCCCCCUGGUUCUGUUGUGCCGAUAUGUCGCCUCGCUCUCGACUUAACGCCUCCGCACUUGUCAACCUUUUUGAUGUUUAUUCACACCACAACCCAAGACGGCCCAGGCUGCUGUUUCCUCGAAAUUUGCUGAGACUGCAGCAGCGCCUCCAUCACACUAAGCACUCAGCUGCUUCCGCCGAGUUGCACCGUCCUUUGCAAAGCUGGUGCAUAACAUCUGAAUGCACCAGCACAAGCUAUAUUGUGAAACUGGAGUAAAAGAGUUCAAAAUUGCAUAACACUCUGUACUUCCUGGGUUGGAAGGCUACCUAGAAACUGGUGACUUUAAACCAAUACAAUGUUUGACUGGGUACUUAGACUUAACAACAUGUCCUUUGAGUAUUGCCUCUCUGUUUGUUUUUGAUGCUAAAUUACAGCCAUUUUCUCUUCCGUGCUUAUAUUUUUAAUAAGGUUGUAAGGAAGGUUUCCAGACUGCUCCACCAUACCAUGUUCCACUGUACUGUAACUGCUUGUAACAUAAACCUGGGAAUACAAGAAUAUUUUUGCACUUA